AUGGAAGGGUCCAUCCGGUUCCUGGCCUGCUUGGUGUACAUCCUCCCGAUGGGAUCAUUUGUGAGAACUAAAAGAGAUACCACCAGGAACUCGCUCAACACAGAGGAGCACAGUGCCCCCGCGCAGCGCUGGUCCAUGCAGGUGCCGGCCGAGGUGAGCGCGGCGGCGGGCGAGGCGGCCGUGCUGCCCUGCACCUUCACGCACCCGCACCGCCACUACGACGGGCCGCUGACGGCCAUCUGGCGCGCGGGCGAGCCCUACGCGGGCCCGCAGGUGUUCCGCUGCGCCGCGGCGCGGGGCAGCGAGCUCUGCCAGACGGCGCUGAGCCUGCACGGCCGCUUCCACCUGCUGGGCAACCCGCGCCGCAACGACCUCUCGCUGCGCGUGGAGCGCCUCGCCCUGGCCGACGAGGGCCGCUACUUCUGCCGCGUCGAGUUCGCCGGCGACAUCCAUGACCGCUACGAGAGCCGCCACGGUGUCCGGCUCCGCGUGACCGCCGCCCCCAGGAUCGUCAACAUCUCGGUGCUGCCCGGUCCUGCGCAUACCUUCCGCGCACUCUGCACGGCCGAAGGGGAGCCUCCGCCCGCUCUAGCCUGGUCUGGCCCAGUUCUGGACAACCUCUCAACUGCCCGGCAGGGCCCGGGUCAGGGUCACGGCCACCAGGUGACCGCCGAGCUGCCCGCGCUCGCCUACGACGGCCGCUACACAUGCACAGCCUCUAACAGCUUGGGCCGCGCAGAGGCCAGCGUCUACUUGUUCCGCUUCCACGGCGCUUCCGGGGCCUCAGCGAUCACCCUCCUGCUCAGUGCGCUGGGCCUCAAGGUGCUGCUGCUGCUGGGAGUGGUGGCGGCUUACACCGCGCACCGCCGCCUAGAGCAUCCGGCCACCCAGGACACCCCACCACGGCCUCAGGCCCAGGAGUCCAAUUACGAGAAUUUGAACCAGAUGAGCCCCCGGAGCCCACGGGCAGCCACAUGUUCACCCUGA